AUGGCCGCAGACGAACCAGUCGCUCCCACAGAGCACCUCGGUGUUCCCUCGCGCAACCCGCUACCACUGUCGGCCUCGCAAGAAGCGCAGGUACGGGAUAUCUUCUAUGCGCGCGUACGAAAGAACUGCAACGACGAGAUUAAGGCCUUCGCUGCCUGCGCCCUUGGCCGCACAUUCACCGUGUCGUUUGCCUGCCGAGCUGAGCAUCGCGCCAUGAACGGCUGCAUGACCCGCCACGCGACCCAAGAAGAGCACGACCUUGCCCGAGAAGAAUGGUUCAACAUGCGCCUCGAGCGACAACGCGCACGGGAGCGCAAGCAGAAGAUGGCAGCGGCGCAAGAAGACUUUAUGAGAGAAUGGUGGGGACUGCCUGACGACGUGCGACUAUCGAGGCAAAAGGAGAUGGAGCGACAGGUGGAGCGAGUCGGUGGCAUGGCCGCCAGGGACAGAGAGAAGAAAUGA